AUGGCAAUGAGACUCCCCGGUGGUGUUCGGACAACCGAAGACUUCUGGCAGUUUUUGAUAAACAAAAGGGAUGGACACUGCGAGGUUCCCAAGACGAGAUAUGGGAUAGAGGGUUUCUACAACGCACACGACGAACGUUACACCCAUACAAGACAUGGUUACUUUCUGCCUGAAGACCCGGCCUACUUCGACGCGCCGUUUUUCUCGGUGACUGAGCAGGAUGCAUCUACUAUGGAUCCCCAGCAGCGAUUGCUCUUAGAGGUGGUGUGGGAGUGUCUUGAGAAUGCAGGGGAAACAAAUUGGGAAGGUAAAAAUAUUGGCUGCUAUGUCGGUGUAUUCGGGGAAGACUGGCUAGGUCUCUCUCAUGGAGAUCCACUCAGUAUUGAUAGAUCUCAUGCAAUAAGCACAGGAAGCUAUGCCUUGGCUAAUACAGUUUCAUAUAAGUUUGAUUUUCGCGGCCCAAGUAUGACUAUCCAGACAGGGUGUUCAUCGUCAAUGGUUGGAAUCCAUGAAGCAUGCCAGUCGUUAGCUACCGGAGCAUGUUCAUCAGCCAUUGUUGCUGGUACAAAUCUGAUCCUCAGUCCAUCAAUGACGACAAGUAUGUCUGGUAACAUGGUGCUGUCAACUAGUGGCGUAUGUCGGACAUUUGAUGCAGAAGCUGACGGCUAUGGACGUGGCGAGGCAAUAAAUGCCCUUUAUCUGAAGCCGCUUGGGGACGCAAUCAAGGCAAAUGAUGCAAUCAGAGCGAUAAUUCGCUCAACUGCGGCUAAUUCUGACGGAGGAACAUCAAGUAUUGCCGUUCCCUCAAUAAUAGCCCAGGAACACCUAAUCUUGGAUGCUUAUCGGAGAGGAAAUAUCAAUGACCUAUCAGAAACUGCCUUUGUCGAAUGCCAUGGAACGGGUACACGCGCGGGGGAUCAAGUUGAGACAACAGCAGUGGCCAACGUGUUUGAGGGAAAGGAGAUUGUGAUAGGAGCAGUAAAACCUAAUUUUGGACAUUCAGAAGGUGCAUCGGGAAUCACAAGCGUGAUUAAAGCUGUGCUGUCCUUGGAACAUGGAAUUAUCCCGCCGAAUGCACAUUUCGAGAAACCUAACCAAGAAAUAUCUUUCAAAGACAGUGGCUUGAUCGUCCCAGUAGAGCCUAUGAACUGGCCGGCCGGCCGUCGAAGAAGGGUUAGCGUGAAUGCCUUCGGCAUCGGUGGCACCGAUGCUCAUGUUAUCCUGGACUCUGCGCACGAUGUAUGCGCAAAAGACCCGGCACAGGGUUGUAUUGGCCCCGAAAAUGAUGUCAAACUUCUUGUUAUUUCGGCCCAAGAUGCGAAAAGUCUAAAGGCUCGCAUCGAUCAGGUAACAGAUUAUGCGAAUCGCCAUCCCGAAAGGAACCAAGACCUUUCAUUCACCUUGGGUGUACGGCGAAAACAUUUAGCACACCGCGCGUUUGCUGUUUAUGAUCCAACAUCUCCCCUCUCACCUUCUGAUUUUCAGUCUGCUCAUCCACACGUACCGGCUCAGUUAACAUUUGUAUUUACAGGCCAGGGGGCUCAGUGGCCUGGUAUGGGCCAAGGAUUGAUCAAGGCAUAUCAAUGUUUUAAAAUGGACAUACUAGAGCUAGAAAACGUCCUGAGGAGUAUUGAAGACCCACCCCAAUGGUCCCUGAUGGAGGAGCUUAGCUGUGCCACAGCGUCACGCAUUAACGAAGCUGAAUUCUGCCAACCACUAUGUACCGCGGUACAAAUUGGCGUGGUUAACCUGCUUGCGGCGUGGGGCAUAAGGCCAGCCUCUGUGGUUGGCCAUUCUAGCGGAGAGAUAGCAGCGGCUUAUGCCGCUGGUGCAAUAUCAGCUAGGUCUGCGAUCAUCCUUGCAUACUAUCGCGGAAAGCUAGCACAGGCUCAGAAAGGCACCGGUGGUAUGGCAAGCAUUGGACUUGGCAGUGACGAGGUGUCUCCGUAUCUUGUUGAUGGAGUUGUAAUUGCAUGCAAAAAUAGCCCGCAGAGUGUCACAAUUUCUGGGGAACAAGGUCAAAUAGAUCAGAUGGUGAGAAACAUCCAGAAUGAUCUCCCGGAUACGUUCUGCAGAAAGCUCCAGUUGGACAUGGCAUAUCAUUCACAUUACAUGGCGGCUGUGGGACCCAUUUAUGAGAAAUCUAUAUCAAAUCACCUCCAGCUCCAUCAGCAGAUGCUGCCUAUGUUUUCAAGUGUUGAUGUAGAGAUGAUCACAGACCCUCAAACCUUGAAUGCUGCCUACUGGCGACGGAACCUCGAAUCUACCGUUCUUUUCUCAGAUGCUAUCAGCUCCCUAUUUGCUGAGAGGCAUAAAAAACAUAUCCUGGUUGAGAUAGGACCGCAUUGCGCCUUAUCAGCACCCAUACAGCAGAUUAUACGAGCCAAUGACUUGAAAAUAUGUCCUGCAUAUAUACCAACUUUAAUUCGCAACGAUGCCAACUGCCAGCAUCAGCUAUUAACUUCGGUUGAUUUACUUGCGGUGAAUGGAACCGGGCAUGUUCUGACUGACAUCUUACCAUACCCAUGGCAACAUGGUACGAGAUACUGGAAAGAAAGCCGUAUGGUACGGGAAUGGAGACUUAAUGAGGUGCCGCCUCAUGAGCUGCUUGGCUCGAGGAGUACCGAGUCCACGAGCUUAGAGCCUGCAUGGAGGCAAUUUAUAAGCCUAGAGAAUAUUCCCUGGUUAUCCGAUCAUAUUAUUGAAGGCAAAGUGGUUUUCCCAGCUGCGGCAUAUAUCGCUAUGGUGGGCGAAGCUAUUUUACAGCUGUCACCUGGCGUCGUUGGUUAUACUGUCAGAAACGCCAUAUUCAAAGCUCCAUUGGUGAUAGAAGAAUCUGAGAACGUCGAGGUCAUUACAACUUUGAGGCCAGCUCGACUAAAUGAUUUGGCGGAUUCAGAAUGGUUUUCAUUUACCAUCGCAUCGUAUGACGGUACUAAUUGGAUAAAAAACUGCAGCGGUCAGGUCCGAGCUGGAGCUUGUGGAAACAUUUCUCCUGUGAGCGUAAAGCCAUACGCACGUCGCGUAUCCUCCAGCAAGUGGUACGAUACCCUAGCGAGCUUGGGCCUCUCUUACGGAGCUCAGUUCAGAGGUCUACAAGAUAUCUCAGUUGAUCCUAAGGGCAGCAGAGCUGUGGCUAAAGUCAAUAACAAGGCAGGCUCCCCUGCAUGUCGAUACAGUCUUCACCCAACCAUGAUCGACCAGUGCCUUCAAGUAAUGAGCGUUGCUGGAGCUGCUGGCCUCCCACGGCGUAUUACCACAGGAGCAAUACCGGCCUCCAUCGAUCAAAUGUUCAUUGAGGAAGGAGAAAACCACAUGGAAGCCACGGUUGAUACGGUCCAAGAAUCUGGUAGCAGCUUGGUCGGUGAUGCAACGGCAAUGCUUGGGGAUAAGGUGGUGCUGAAGAUGAAACGAGGCUUGUGUUUCGCGCUGGGAAACAAGAAUGACUCAAUAUCUCCGCAGACUCCGUUGGUAGCACGGAUCCAAUGGAAGCCGGACCCUGACCUCUGCAAACCCGAAGAUCUAUUACCACGAGCAGCUACAUCACUAGGGCGACUGGAUCAGAUGAAGAAGUUAGGUCAAGUCUCGCUUUUAUACAUUCUUGAGACAGCCGAAAGGAUCAAACCCCUGGUACCACAAUCUACCCAUGCUUCUAAGUGGAAAUCCUGGAUACUAUACGAAGACGCUGCCGUUCGAAAUGGAGAACAUACGCUUUUGCCCGAGUCCAAGGCAUGGGCGACCCAAUCAAGUGAGGAGCGCCAGGCCCUUAUAAAGAAACUCAGUACUACACAAGCAGACCAGCCUGGCGAGCAUAAUAUUAUAAUCACUUGUACUGAAGUAAUAUAUGAAAAUUGCUUAGAGAUCAUGGCCAACAAAAUCUCUACCCUAGACCUACUGAUGGAGGAAAACCGGCUUGGUCGUAUAUACCAGUUUGACCAGGAAAACAGCGACUGGAGCAUCUUUAUAACUUAUCUCAGUCACUCAAACCCAUGGCUGCGCAUUCUCGAGAUUGGCGCUGGAACCGGAAGCGCCACAGCCGAAGCUUUACGCUCGCUGUGCGUAUCGGGGAUGCCUAUGUACUCCAAAUAUACAUUUACCGAUAUCUCUCCCGGGUUUAUGACAGCUGCCCAGGAUAAGUUCCGGGAAAACGUGAAUAUGGAGUAUAAGGUUCUCGACAUUAGUAGCGAUCCUCUCAAGCAAAGCUUUGUGGGUCAAUCCUUUGACCUUAUUAUAGCAUCAAAUGUGCUCCACGCGACCCCUGUUCUGAAGCAGGCUCUCAAAAAUGUGAAACGCUUGCUAACUCCACACGGCUGGUUGAUACUUCAUGAGUUGGCUCCAGGUGAGGAUGACGGGAGAAUAAAUAGACCCUAUAUCAGCCCAGAGGACUGGGAUAAGAAGUUACAAUACGCUGGGUUCACAGGAACUGAGGCAAUACGCUAUGAUUUCGAUACUUACCACCUAUGCGUAGAUAUGAUCACUCGUCCUGCUCCGGUUGAGACCGCCACGCAACCGAUAGUACUGUUGACUGAUGGCUCGCCGGAUCUUUGGGCUGGCAAAGUGUUCUCAGAGCUUGAGAAGCAGAAUUUCAUUGUGGAAUGGGGGAAAUUAGAAGAGGCACCUAGUGGUCAUGCGUGUGUCGUGUUCUUGUUAGAGCAUCGGGAUCCCUUUCUCGCGAAACUGUCUGAACAGCGAUACCAUUGCCUGCAAAAGUACUUGAUGGGCGUUGAUCAGUCCAAGUUGCUUUGGGUGACAAAAACGACGCAAUUCGACUGUAAAGACCCGGACUGUGGCCUAGUACUAGGGUUUGCGCGGAGCCUGAGGCAAGAAAUGAUGCUCGACUUUUACACUCUCGAGAUCGAUGUGUUCGAUACGGAGUCCGCGAAGGCAGUGGGUCCGAUUGUGCGAAAGAUCUUGAAACCUACCAAUCGAGACAAUCAAGACCCAAACUAUGACCAGUGCUACUGGGGCGCAGCAGCAAAUAUUUUGCGCCCAUCGCAACCAGACACUGGCAAGAAGCUGAGCAUGAGUAUCCCUGGCCUCCUCGAUACCUUGGAAUGGCUUGACAGUAGUUAUGGUAGUCUUGGGCAAGAUGAUGUUGAAGUUGAUAUUGAGUAUAUCGGUUUAAAUUUCAGGGAUAUCAUGAUAGCUAUGGGAUUCGUUGGGGACAUAGGUGAGCUGGGCCUAGAGGGGAGUGGCAUUGUACGACGUGUUGGUUCGAAUGUUACCAAUAUAAUGCCCGGAGAUGAGAUACUGAUACUGGAUUCUGGGCUUAUGCGCACCCGAAUCAUCGUGAAUCAACAACACUGUCUGAAGUUGCCCAAAGGGCUCUCCACAGUGGAUGCAGUCAAUAUGGCAUCGGUAUUUGCGACAGCGAUAUACUCUUUGAUUAACGUAGGACAACUUAAAAAAAGCGAAACUAUUUUGAUACAUUCUGCCUGCGGCGGAGUUGGCCAGGCAGCUGUACAAAUUUGCCAGCUCCUCGGAGUCGAAAAGAUAUACGUAACAGUCGGCAAUCAGGCGAAGAGAGACCACCUCAUCAAUACUUACGGGAUACAACCAGAUCACAUUUUUGAUUCCAGAAGUGCGAGUUUUCUUCCGUGUGUCAUGAAGGCAACAAAGGGAUGUGGGGUGGACGUUGUAUUAAACUCAUUAUAUGGAGAGCUAUUACAUGCUUCCUGGGAGUGCGUUGCCAAAUUUGGUAGGAUGAUUGAGUUGGGUAAACGCGACUUCUUGGCCAAUGGAACAUUGAGCUUGAAGCCAUUCAUAAAGAACCGAGCAUUUUUCGGCGUUGAUUUGCUUGAUUUGAGUGAAGACCUUCUCUUCCAGUUCAUGUUAUGGCAUGACCAAGGUAAAAUUAAACCAAUUCGCCCGACUACAGUGUUUGCAGCCGGCGAGGCAAUUGAGGCAUUCCGACUUAUGCAGCAGGGCACACACAUAGGAAAGAUUUUAAUAAGGAUGCCUGAUGAUGCGAGCCAGCUAUCCCAGCGGCCUAGUGAGGUGGAAGUAUUGUUUUCAUCCACUGCAUCGUAUCUCCUAGUAGGCGGCCUAGGAGGCUUGGGCCGUGCAGUUUCCAGAUGGAUGGUAGAGCAAGGAGCACGUUAUUUAGUUUACCUUUCUCGCACCGCAGGCUCCACCGAAGAGCACAGCGAAUUCAUUCAAGAAUUGAACGCCAUGGGGUGCCACGUUGAAUGCAUUCAAGGGAGCGUGACAAGAACUGAAGAUGUGCAGGCUGCGAUUUCCAGAUGCAAGAGCCCAUUGAAAGGGGUUUUCCAAAUGUCGAUGUCAUUAAAUGACCGCCCAUUCCCUCAUAUGAGCUACGAAGAAUGGAGCUCUUCGUUGUCCCCAAAGGUUCAAGGGACAUGGAAUCUUCACAAUUCAGUGUUACAAGAGGAUCUAGAUUUCUUCGUUCUGUUCAGUUCUGCAGUAGGCAUUUGUGGACAUGGGAGCCAGGCCAAUUAUGCCGCUGCGAACACAUUCCUUGAUGGUUUUACACAGUAUCGCCGACGAUUGGGCCUUCCAUCCUCCGCCAUUGCCCUCGGCGCUGUAGGCGAGACUGGUCUGGUCGCUCGGGAGGCGAAGGUCAUGCAAGCGAUGCAAUCAAUUGGUAUCUGGCUGCUAAAUGAGGACGAAGUUCUAGAAGGAUUAAAAAAAUGCAUUGGGGAGUCCAAUACAGUUGAUUGCACAGAGUCCGCCGCUCGACUUUCGGCACCAUUGAUUAUUGGACUCGGCAACACCAAGUCGUUAUCUAAUCCCGAUAUACAGACCCUGUGGCGUCGCGAUGCUCGGUUUGCAUCCUACGCAAACCUUGAUUCUAUACACGUUAAACAGAAGAGCGGCUUCAGUGUUAAUAAACUACGAGAACUGAUCAUCAAAGCGGAGCUAGAUCCUUUGAUCCUUCUACAAAAAGAAACCGAGACGACUAUUACCCAGGAACUUAAUCAGUUGAUUGCGAAGAGUCUGCCAGGAGCGCAGGACAUGGACGAUGAAGCGAAAACAAGUCUUGCUAUAGAUUCUCUCAUGGCCAUAGAGGUCAGGAAUUGGAUCCGACGGAACUUGCAGAUUGAGAUUAGCUUGCCUGAAAUUUCGAGGGCGCGCACAGCCGGAGGCCUGAUAGACAUGACCCUUACACGUCUGAAAAUGCGAUACCAAGUUUCAGAUACGGAGGGGACGCAAAAUGCGGUCGCCGAAACGUCUUUCGACUUGGACACAUCACGUUGA